CAUACACAACAACCUGCACCCUUCUGCAGAUGCACUUCUUCUGGAAGCGGCGGAAGAGCACGCGUGAUGCAUUGCAACGCGCCGAGCCCAAUGAUCUCGCGAAUGCCGCUCCAACUUACCAGCGGACGCGUUCUUUACCUGUGCAGACACGUCAUGACAACAGGGAAGAGGACGAUGCACAUGCGUCCCGGCAGCUAGUACCCUAUGGUCAGCGUCAGAAGCGCCAUACAAGCUACACAGACACGACCAUCAAGUCCAUCGAUGCAGACGCACGGACCAUCAAAAUUCGGCGUAGUGGCUUCAUCUUCAGUCCAAAGCCAACGUUGCGCUACUCGCAAGAUUUCAAUUACCCAAAGACGCCAGAGGGCCAGCUGCCAACACUGAGGCGCAAGAUUGAAGCAUCACCCUUUGUGGAUGAUAUUGCGGAUGAGCUGGAUACGGGUGCCCUGAGACAAGUGCUGGAAACAGAUUCUCGUCGACGUCAACGGCGGCAGAGUAAGUUGCUUGGAGGCAGUGCGGCAAGUGGAGGCAGUCAAUCUGCUACUGCUGUUGUAAAGGCUUCGCCUGCGAGACCGCCUAUCCCCGUCAUAUUUCAGCAACAACGCGGUUAUGCAGUGCAGGCCGCCGCUUCACAGACGCAGGCAAAUUCCAUUACAGGUCUUCCAUCAGACUGGCAUGAAACAUCCUCGAUUCCACCUACAGCUCAUGCGCGCAUCAUGCAAGAUGCACAAGUUGUACUUGCUGGAAACCGUGAUUCCUAUCCAGACUUUGCUGUGGUGGACAAGUCAACGCGUGUAGAGAGACCUUCUUCUCGCGGCAGUUCUAUCGCAGGCGCAUGGACAUCUCUCUGGAAACGCGCAGGUUCAGCGCGCGCACGCAAAGAGCGCGAUGUCGCAAGUCACUAUAAUAGUGCUACACAAUCAACAGGAAGGCCGUUCAGUGAUACCAGCUCUGUGCUGUAUAAUGAUGCACAUGAGCUUGACCAGGAACCACAACAAGCGACCAUCAUGGUCCUCCAACAACCUGCUCAACGUGCCUCAGUACAAGCAGCGCAGGAUGAAGAGGGUGAAGCGCUGGUUCAGCGAGUUCCUCGUGCAGAACACUUUGAGCCGAGAACGGUACAGGCGCAGAUGCUGACUGUCAAUCGCGAAGUCAAGACAUUUUCUCCCUUAUUGGAUGGUGAUGCCUUUCCACGCCCGCCCUCUAAUAUGGGAUUUACGGGUAUUGCGGUAGAUACACCAGAAGACGUUGUCGCGCAGUCACAGCCACAAGUCACGUCUCAACCACGGCCGGUGUCAGCGCCACUCUGGCAGCGAGCCUAUGCCUCACCUGCUGCAGCAGCAGGUAUCUCAUCACCUGCCAUGCCGCGCGCUUCAUCUCGCGUGGCCAAGGAUAUUCCCCCAGACGAGAGUGUCCUUGGCGACAUUGAGACACGCGCCAAUGCCCGGCAAUCCGUUCAUUCACUGCAGACGGUCGAUAGCGAGGGUAGCUGGUUGGGAGAACGAACAAGUCAUUUGGACAUUAUGGUCAAACGUUCCUUUUCGCGUAAAUAUGAGAAGCGUCCUGGUUCUGCUGGAAGCAAGUUGCGGAAUGGGCGCGUUGAGGGAAACCAGGAUUCUGCGGAUGAGUUUGAUGACAAUGACAGCCAAGCCUCGACAGAUCAAGGCGAGGCACUCAUCAAUGGAACGGGCACGGAUGACGAUGACGAUGAGUAUGAACGCGGUGUUUGGAAGACUGGUAUCGGCAAGCCUGUCAAGAUUGUAAAUGGCUCGUCUGUUGGUGGCCCACUUCCAGUCUCGCCCAAAGUCGCAGCUGCCAGCGUCCAACCUGCAUUGGCACCGCCUUUGGUCAGACCCAUCACAACGAUUGAGGACUCAUCGCCAAACUCAGCAAGUGCGGCCACUUUUUCGCCCAUGCCUGCACAGUACGUCCAGCCGAUCGCUUCAGCUUCUGUGGAUGCCAUUUCUCCAAAUACCCCGUCGACGGCGACCUUUUCACCAAUCAUGGCUCAACCUGCGUAUAUACAACCGAUGGCGAAGAUGCCCAUGCAAUUCCCAGACGGCCGGCCCAUCCCUUCUCGCGCCACGACGCGUGAUAGUUUUGUGUCUGCGGUCUCCUUUGCCACAACCGCAACAACCAGUACCGUCAAUCCGCAAGAUUAUGCGGUGUAUGACCCAAACAUCUCGAGAGCGUCCAUGGUGACCUCUCAAGCGUCUUACUACUCUGCACGCCUAGCGCCUGAAUCACAGGGAUCAGAACGGGGCUAAUGGGCUUUUGAAUAGUUUUUGUAUGGUGUACAGUAUCACAUAAUGAUGUAGUAUCUAAUUAGCGGAUCCACAA